UGUAAUACUUUGAAAGAUUAAUCUAAAAAUAUAAACUCUUUUUUAUUUUUUUCAUUCAUAAAAUCAUCAUUUUAGACAUUGUCGAUCUAUGUAUUAAUCUUUCAGGAAGAAAGUAAAAUAAAAUGAUAUUAACCAAAUUUAUCAAAUUUACACACAUUGAUCAGUAGUUGUAACAGCCACACCUACCGCUGUAUAACACGCACAAUGUCAGAACACGACCCGCGGUGUCAGAUUUUCUUGGAGGACAAGUGUCGUAGGGCGAUAGAGAACUGUCACCCGGAACAGGCAUGCGUUCCUGCGGACAUGACUCGCGUCCCGAUCCGCGCUCCGCCUCCAAUGAACCGGAUGGACAUCAACUGCGGCUGCCCUCCCAUGGCUGGUCAAGAGUAUUGCUGCAACAUGCCGGGCACCGUGGAGACACGAAUUUUGAGGCGCCCGAUGAGAUGUGUCCGACCCCCGUGUAACUACUGUAUCCCAGCUGUACCAUGCAAUGAUCCACCGAAAAAGCCCUACCGACCACGCCGAGACCCACUGUGUUUUGACUGGACGGUGCAUGAAGUUGGCCCCAACGACAGCUACGGCCACCAUGGGCUCAACUGGUACGACUGGGGCAAGAUGAGGGAGCUGCACCAGGAACACCCCACCUUCUCAACGACACGUUUUACGCACCCAGGUCUGUCCGAAGGCGUUGGUUUGAUCACCACACGGGAGUAUCUGUGUCGUCUGCCACUCAUGUGCUACUCACGAUCGCCGUCGUCCGUCAAGAAAGAGCCGUUCGCACAGGAUGUCGACUACUUCCCGGACUGGAGGUCCUGUACAGGCAAGACCACGGCACCUUGGAAACCUCCGUACGCCCAGUGGGCCACAAAUCAGAAUCUUUAAACAUCGUCAGUGGACCUGCACUUUCCAAAAUCAAAAUUGUGAAACCAGACAUCAAAAUAAAAGUGAUUCUCAUUGGUCAAUAAACGUAUAAUUGUUUUCUAGGCGUAGUC